AGAAACCCUAAAAUCUCCCACGCAUUGGUCUAUUUUCAGUCGAGCGAUGCGCCAGGCGGUAAAUAGGACGGUAUGAAUCGCGCCCGCCAGGAAUUCCAUCCGAUUGCCCUAGAAUGCAGCAGGCAUGUGGCGCUGGCCUAGAAUCUGGGGCUGCCGCGUAGCGAUUGGAUUAUCAUGCUGUCUUGGGGAUUGCUACUCGAUCGCCUCGACGUCGGCGGUAGUUUCAUCCUUGCUGCUGCGCCCGGCCCCGACGAUGCCGUGACGUCGAUUCAUACGUGGGCUGUUAUCGUUGCCGGGAUUUUUGUUCUUAUCGCGCUCACGUUAUCCACGUUUCUCAUCUUCGAGCAUCUCACAUCGUACAACAAGCCCGAGGAACAAAAAUGGCUGGUCGGGAUCAUUUUCAUGGUUCCUGUCUACUCCGUUGAAUCGCUGGUGUCGCUGUGGAAUAACGAGCUAUCACUCGUGUGUGACAUCCUUCGGAAUUGCUAUGAAGCGUUUGCACUGUAUUCUUUCGGCUGCUACCUUAUUGCCUGCUUGGGAGGCGAGGAUCGAGUUGUGGACAUGCUGGAAAGGCAAGCUAUAGCGGGUCCGAGAACACCUCUUCUUGUUCGAAGUCGGUCCUCCGGAAAAGCGGCUGUCAAGCAUCCUAUUCCAUUAAACUGUUGUUUGACGCCGUGGUCACUUGGGCAGGAUUUCUAUCACAUCGUGAAGUUCGGCAUAGUUCAAUAUAUGAUUUUGAAGACCACACUCUCGUUCCUAUCUCUGUUCUUAAACGUUUUCGAUGCUUAUGGAGAGGGGGAGUUCAAGUGGUAUUACGGAUAUCCAUACGUGACUGUGAUACUGAACUUCAGCCAGACAUGGGCACUGUAUUGUUUGGUUCAGUUCUAUGCCGUGACGAAAGAUGAGCUUCACCACAUCCAGCCCCUCUCGAAGUUUAUCUGCUUUAAGGCGAUCGUCUUCGCAACCUGGUGGCAAGGUGUAGCGAUUGCAGUGCUCUUUGGUUCCGGUGCCGCGAAAGGUGUUGCUCCCGAAGGAGUUAAGCUGCAGUCCAGCUUGCAGGAUUUCAUAAUUUGUAUAGAGAUGGCUAUAGCUGCUGUUGCACACAUAUACUGUUUUCCAGCAAGGCCAUACCAACAAAUAAACGAGUUUGGGCAACGCUCAGUUGCUGUCCUCUCUGACUACGCCUCGAUGGACUCGCCGCUGGAUCCAGACGAGGUGAAGGAAAGCGAACGACGGUCCAUCCUCCGCUUCCUUCCCCCGGAGAUGGAGAACGUCGCCACGAGCUUGAAAGAAAGCAUGCAGGACGUUGUCAUGGUCGGAGGCGAACAGAUCGUUCACGACGUCAAGUUCACCGUCUCUCAAGCCGUGGAGCCGAUGGAGAAAGGCAUCAAUCGCUUGAACGAGACUCUCCACGACAAGUUCCACCAGUUGCCCGGGCAACUCCCGUGGCACGGUAGGCACAGGAGCGGCGACGGCAAAGGGAGUAAGAGGCUUCACGCGUCCAAGGACGACGCUUGGAUCAGGCAGGGGCUAGGGGGAGCCGUGAGAGGAAUCGACGAUCCUUUGCUCAGCGGCAGCGUUAGCGACACCGGGCUCUUGAGAAAGAAGUUCAAGGACUCGGCCUCGUAUGGAAGUGGUGCUGAGAGCAGCGGCGAGAGCAGCGAUCAAGGCGGCGCUGGCUUCAAGACGGGCGGGCGGCGAUGGACGUUGAGGAGCUAGCGGCGGGGGAGAGAAGUUUUGGUUGCGGGAAGAACAAAACUUUCGAGGAAGAGCGUCGUGGCGGAAGGAAUGGUGUAAAAAUACCGUUAAAAUUUGUUAAACCCUCGCUUAGCCGGA